AUGGCUUCGUACAUACCUGCUCGGAUAAUUGCAUCAUUUAGUUAUUUCAUGGUGUGUUUGCAUGAUGAAACAUGUUAUUCACUUGUCGCUUUCAUGUUGCUCGACCGCCCUGCAGCCAACAACGAGACGUUAACGAUCAGCAAUGUGAGGCACAUCAUUGACACUGGUGCCUACAAGUGCUUGGCGAGCAACCACGCGGCAAUCAAUCAAGAUAUUUCUACGGUCUUCGUCGAAGAAGUCGAUCUACCUGUUGACUAUUUCAACGCUGGCCUGAAGCAAGAAGAUGUGUAUGUGAUCUUCAACGAGGAAGGCUGCUGGCUCAUGGAUCCUGACAGGUGUGGACUGCAUUUCAUUGAACCAACAAAAAUCCGGCAGGAUGUUCAACAUCACUUCAAACAAUCUUUCAACAACAGCAAGAAAUAUUUAGGCAAGUUCAGGCAGUUUUCAAACCUAUAUUCCAAAAUUAAGAACAGCCAGAUUUGUUCAUACAAGUGCUCAAUUAAGCAAAGUUGUAGCUUCCUACGAUCGUUAAGUUAUCGUUGUUCCGUAGGUUCAAGUUUUUCGAUAGAUGAAUACAACUGCUUCAAAGGCAAACUUUGUUGA